ACCGACUCCCCGGGCGGCUCCAGGCCGGUCAGAGCUCAUCGCAGCCCGGCCGCAGCAGUACGAAGACGAGCCGACACAAUACCGGAGGCUCCAGUCUUCCGGCGGGACAUUACCGGAACAUUACCGGGGCUUCAACCCGCCUUUCUGCUCUCCUCCUCCCGCCGGUGCUGUGCUCUUUGAGGGGGGUAACGGGAGUUCGUCAAAGUGGCGGAUGGUUAAAGUGACGACGUCAUAACGCGUGACGGCAUGAAGAAGAGCAGCUCCGGUAAACGGGGCCCACAGGACUUGGCGCCGCAGCAGGUCCAACCUGACAAAGUCGGAUGGAUCCGGAAGUUUUGCGGCAAAGGGAUCUUCAGAGAGAUCUGGAAGAACCGCUUCAUGGUCCUGAGGGGAGAUCAGCUGUUUGUCUGUGAGAAGGAGGUGAAGGAGAUGGGCCGGUCCGAUGAGGUGUUGGACCUGUGUGACUACGAGCGCUGUGAGGAGAUCAGGAAGAAGAAGAGUCGCAGCAAAAAGAACCACAGCGAGUUCAGACUGCAGCGUCGCAGCUCACCUGGGAACACAGUACACCUGAGUGUGUGUCUGUGUGUGUCUGUGUGUGUGUGUGUGUGUGUGUGUGUGUGUGUCUGUGUGUGUGUGUGA